AUGGCUCACCGCAUCUUCUCCUGGACCGGUCUCCAUGCUGUGUUGGCGGCGCUGGGCUGCUGCAUCGCAAGCGGUUGCAGUUGCAUCGACCAGCUCAAGCCCAACGAGCCGCUGAGGUCCCCAGCCGCACGGCUUCGACAGCAGCCCUACGUCUUUGCUGGCGAGGUGGUUUCAGUGGCUCCCACCGAGAAAGAGCCCACGGAGGAGCAGUGUGCAGAGGAGGCAGAAGUGUGGGCCUGCCAUUCCUUGAAGAGCUGGAAGAAAUGCAGCCAGCAGCAUCAGGUGAUCGUGCCUUUGAAGGUGAUCGACCUUGAUUUCGAAUGGGUCCCGGAUCCAGAACGAGUACUCUACCGGGUGUCCAAGCUUGCCGAUCCCAGUCAGACUGUUGGACAAAUCGCAGUUUUAGCCACCAUUGGGUAG